AGUAUGAUCUUUGGUCACAACAAUGCUGCGGAUUUUGUUUACAUCACAUCUGGUGCCGGCUUCAAAAUGAUUGGAUGUCAUGGAAGAUUGUUACCCUGAGACGCUCUUAAUUAACUCUGAUUUGAUUAUUCAUUGCGAUUGUUUUGUCGAGAGUAGUAAGAUGCCUUCUUUAGUGAACCUGAAGGUGUGUCCUGUUGUUAUUUAUAGUUCAGGUCUGUCAAGUCACCCUAAGAAGUUGGAACGAAGGUUUGAAGUGUUUACUAGCAUGGUGAUGAUGUCUAUUGACAGAAGUCAUACCACAAACAUGUGUGGACCUUGUGACUCACAUGAAUAACAGAUCGCUGAUUUUCACGUUUGUUUUAUUUGGAACUGUCAUAUAUUUGUUUUAUACCUUUAAUUCCUGUCUCUUGUCGAAUAUCAACAGAUCACUUCGACGUAGAGUACGUGCCUUUUCAUUUGGCACUCUACAAAAGGAAAAUGUUGAACCAAAUCGUGAUGAACCACAACUUACUUCUGCUAUUGAAAGGCAAAGUGUAGUCCGUGUUGUACCUCUUACUUGGAAUGCUAUAUACACAGAUCUGCAGGAUGGAGCUCCAAAAUAUCGAUUCCUGAAACAUCAGGGACUUGAACCAAGUCGUAAAUUUCCUGAUGCUCUUAUAAUUGGCGUUAAGAAGGGUGGAACAAGAGCUCUUUUAGAAUUCAUAAGAUUACAUCCUGAUGUAAGAGCAGCGGGGUCAGAAGUUCACUUUUUUGAUAAAUUUUAUGCAAAGGGUUUUGAGUGGUACAGAAACCGCAUGCCACCAACUCUAGAAGGUCAAGUGACUAUGGAAAAAACACCAAGCUACUUUGUUACAAGAGAGGCUCCACAGAGAGUGUAUGAGAUGAGCCCCAUAACAAAACUGCUUGUGGUAGUACGAGAUCCAGUAACAAGAGCAAUUUCAGAUUAUACACAAGCUGUCAGCAAGAAACUUGAUAUGCCACAGUUUGAGGAGUUGGCUUUUUUUAACUUUACUGGAAGAGAAGGUAAAACAGUGGUGGAUACUUCAUGGGGACCUGUGAAGAUUGGUAUUUACGCACGGCACUUGGAACGAUGGUUACGAUAUUUCCCAUUGCGACAGUUGCAUUUUGUCAGUGGAGAGCAGCUUGUAAUCGACCCAGCAGCAGAAAUGGCUAGAGUGCAGGAUUUCUUGUCUUUGAAGAGAGUAGUUACAGAGAAACAUUUCUAUUUCAAUUCAACAAAAGGUUUUCCCUGCCUCAUGAAAUCUGAGGGUCAUUCUACUCCACAUUGUCUUGGUAAAACAAAGGGACGAAAUCACCCUUAUAUUAAUCCUGCUGCAAUUCAACAUCUUCGGGAGUUUUACCGACCAUUCAAUGCUCGUUUCUAUCAGCUAACUGGCAUUAACUUUGGAUGGCCUUGAUGUAGUCUACUGUUGGCAGAAGAAAACUCAUUCUGAGAUGGUCAGGUAGCUUUAAAGCAGUGCAGCAGUUCUCUGCAAGUUCAGGGACAGUCAUAUCUGCAGCAGUGCACAAGAGAUUCCAUCAAAUAUGGAAAUAUGAAUAGCAGUAGGACUUGUGAGUAGUAUGUGACAAUAUUUGUCAAUGAGUAGAUAUGUUUUGUUAACAAUGUUGUAAUGUAAAAGAUCAUUGCCAAGAUAAUGUAGCUGAUCAGGACUGUUAAACUGAAAAGGAAUGUGAUAUUCGUUUUUAUCAUUUCUGACAGCAGGGUAAGUGGAAAGGUUAAUUGCAGUCUGCUGAUGAACUGCAUUACAUCAAGUGUUUUUGUCAGGUUGCGAAGUAAAGGAAUACCCAGAAUAAUAGGGGCCUCCACACUUGUAGGGUAGUUACAAAAUAGCUUUUGUUAGGACAGCAUAAUUAGUAUUAGCUUCCCAUGGUCUUUCUUAUUUCCAUUGUCUGUAUAUUGAAUAUAGUUGUGCACUGAUGUGGCUUGUUAAAAGUGCAAUCAUUUCUGAAGCACAAUAAGACUCCCACUUACAUUCCAAAGAGUUCUUGAAAUGAAAUGUUAUAACAAAUGUUCAGUCUGCGUAAAAUAUUAGUACGGAACAAAUCUGAGUUGGAGAUUGUUUCAUUGCAGUACAUUUCUUGUACUCUCCAAAAUUCUCACAAGUGAAAAGAAUUGUAAGCUGAUCCAAUUGACAAUCAGUGUACAAUAUUUUCGUACAGCAAAAAGUGAUAGGAAGUAGUGAUUGAUUGUGAGACAUGCAUUAGUUGAGUUCAACUAAAAAUGUGCAAUACAAGUAAUAGAACAACACAGUGAAUUUAAAAUUACCAGCUUCUUGCUUUUUAGGGUUUUAGAAAAUGCUACACUGAUUGAUAAUGUCAAAACAUUUCAUAAAGCUGUAAACAGAUUAAGAAAUAACAACAGUAAGUAAUUUUAUGUAACCUAUGUCUCAUUUUGGAAAUCAAGUGAGAUUGUUGUAUUUUGAAGGGCUCAAGAGUAUCAGCAGUCUUAAUAAUUGCAUCUCCCUGUUUGAUUGAUGGGGGAGAAUUUAAUUUCUACUAGUGUCUUGAAAUUCACCAUGAAUUUUAAAAGAAUACUACAUGCCUUUACAGUUUCAGUUCACUUCUAAUUGAAAUUUAAUACUCAAUCAACUUACGUUGGACAUUUGUAUUUUAUGAUAUAUUUCUUAUUUGCACUUUAAUUUUUUCACAAGCAAUUGGUGAACUUAAUUUGUCCUUAAAUUUUUUCAUAAGAAGUUGGUGAGCUUUUGUUACAUUCCUUACAGCAGGAAUCCUGUUACUAUAGUUAAUCCUGCGGUUGAUGCAUUAAACCAUCAUUAAUUGCUAAUUGUAUUUCUAGAUUUAACAAGUUUGUGUACUUCUUUAAGUUGUAUUAAAACAAAUGAAGCCAUUCAGUGACAAAUUUUGACACCAUACAUAACAAAUGGACCAAAUAAAUCAUGUAAUGUAACAGACACUCAGCCAUAGGUGUUGUUUAUACAUGUGUGGAGUGGCAGUCAAAUUUUUACCUUGUGUGUAACAACUGAGCUAAUAAAUGUAUACUUGAUUCUCCAAA